GUUAAGAACUGUCCUCGAUUUAAGCAUGAACUUCAAUUCUAAAUAAAUCCCAAAUCCUUAGACUAAUGCAAUGUUCCGACACUCAAUCUUUGUUUGGAAACAUGGGAACUGACCCUGCAUGUUUCGUCCAGUCCGUUUUGGGGGAUCGUGUGACGAGUCGCUGUUUGUAGCACUGCAACGCCUAAAAAUAACACUGGCUCUUCACCAGCCUUUUCAAAUCAAGAUACGCCGAAACGUCUUACUGAAACACUAGAAACUGCUGGGAAGCAUCUCAUAACCUUUAAACAUAUUUUCUUUUAGCGAUUUUGAUAAGCUCAAUGGCCUAUGCCAUCGCGCUCCAGUUAUUUUUGGGCGCAAUGCUUGUCUCAUCUUGUGAAACGCCUGAAACACCACCAAUAAGGCUGAUCUUUACCGAUAUCUACAAACUUCUUGGUCUCUUGCUGAUCUUUGGCUUCUAUAGAUAGAUCUAAUCUUUGGCACAAAUAAGGCCCCUUUUGCCCAGAUCAAUUUGCAUCCUUCCAAAUCAGACCUUCAGCAUCAUCACCAGCGACCUAUCAGCCGACUCGAUAUACUCCCUUCACAAUGCGUUCAACAAUCUUUCUCGCGGCCCUGGUUGCCCUCAUCCCUACUGCGUUCGCCGAAGAGCUCAGCGCAGACGACGUACCAACCACCUGCAAGACAAUCUGUCAACCCAUCGUCAACCUCACCAACGUAUGCGACAUUGACCCCAAAGGCCCCGAGAAGCACACCGUCAGAAGACGAGACCUUGUCAUCCUUGAUCACGAAGACGACGAAGAGCCCUUAGAAGCGGCUUGUAUUUGCACAAACAGGAGUUUCGACGUCGAGGGUGUGAUGGGACUGUGCGCGAGCUGCAUGGCGCAGAACAGCAAGGACACAGAAGAUAUCGAUAAGAUCAUGUCGCAAUGCUCCUUCUCGUCAACCUCUUAUGUCCGCGCAGCAACGAGUGUAGUCUCGGGCAUCGAGGUCCAGGCUACAAAACCGGCUGCAACAAUAACUCCCAUAGCUACGACGACGGCCGCCGCAGCUACAGCGACUGAGACGGUUGGUAACGGUGCUGGGAAGGUCACGGGUACCAUUAUGGCGGUUACUUGGGUCACUUUGAUGCUGUUGUGUGUCAUGUAGAUUUCUAGAUUUCCUACGUCUCUGAUUCCUGCGUUGGGCACUGAACAUAAAUAUAGCAAUCAUUUCAUUUCUGUCUUCCAGCAU